ACGUGACCGGGCGCGUCAAUGCGCACUGGAGACUGGAGACGGAGCAAGGGCACCGGAGCCGUGCGCCUCGUUCACAGACACAGAGCCUCCUGCGCCCCUCGGGAUCACUCGGCGGGCUCGCGCGGUUUUCUCCCACGCUCGCACGCAGGAAACUUUCGUGUGAGAUUAGGCGAGGGUGGAUUAUCAUCAUUAUUAUUUUUCUCCCCGUAUUUCGAAGGGAUUCGGCAACUGAAGUAGUUUUUUUUUUUUGCGCGACGCUCGGCGCUUGGACGUAGCCCGAGGGUCUCUCUCUCUCUCUCUCUCUCUCUGUCUGUCUCUCUCUCUCUCUCUCUCUCUCUGUCUGUCUCUCUCUCUCUCUCUCUCUCUGUCUCUCUCUCUCUGUCUCUCUCUCUCUCUCUCUCUCUGUCGAGAUUCAGUCCCCGAUCUGAUCGCUGGCUCCUCGGACGAGACUCAGUUCCACAUCCUCUGCGAGACGAGCGGCACAUUUAGGCGACGGCGGACAAACACAUAGAAGGACAGAAACGGACGGAGAAAGGAGAGAGCCCCGCACACUGCGCGUAGUCGGAUCGAGGAUUCUGCUGGAUUAAUGUUCCUGAAGACACAAGCGGCGAGCCUCGCGGGUUUUCUCUCUCUUCAUGGGAUAAAUGCGAUCGCGUUUGGCUUCAGUCUCGAUGCGCGCGGAGAAGCGUUUUGACAAUGUUUUUGUAGGCUUCUGCUGAAAAGAAUCGACGCGGUGUGUGUGUGUGUGUGUGUGUGUGUUGUAACGGGGUCAGCUCGCGGCGCCGGGCUGCACAUCACCUCCCAGUGAAUCCGGACGCGUCCCGGGCUCCGCGCGUCUGUGCCGCGGCCGCAGCGACCCGAGGCGCUCAGGCUGCUCGGUUCGGCUCUCACAAGCCUGCGUCUCCGACGCCCCGGGGGCGAUGGUUGUUUGCCCCCACAGGCGACGCUCGACUGUCCCGUGAACCUCGGCUGCCGCUCGGCGACCCAGUGCGCGAGGCGACGGCGACGGAGACUGGCGCAUGCCGCAGAUCCCCUCCGCUUCUCCGGCGCCCAGCUUUUCCAGCGUAUCCUCUCAGGCUGCUUGUCGUCGCCUGGACUCGGAUCCCGGAAUCUUCAUGAUUUGCGGACACCAUGCUCGUUUUUUAGCCGGGGAACCCUCUUUUCGUCCCGCAUGUUCAGGACCAAACGAUCGGGGCUCGUCCGGCGACUCUGGAGGAGCCGUGCGCCCGUGGAGGGCGACGGGGAGGCGGAUAGGGGGACGCAUGGCUCCGGGGGCUGCUGCAUGGGCAAAGCGACAAAGGUGGCCAAGUCCAGCGCCGGGUCGGAGGCCGAACUGAAGGCGCUGACCCACUCGGUCCUGAGGAAGGUCAAAGAGAAACAAUUGGAGGUGCUCCUGCAGGCGGUGGAGUCCAAGGGGGGCGCGCGGAGCCCCUGCCUGCUCCUGCCCGGCAAAGUGGACGCCAAAGUGGGUCAACAGUCUUACUCGCUCCCCAUGCUGCUCUACAAGGUGUUCAGGUGGCCGGACCUCAGGCAUUCCUCGGAGCUGAAGAGGCUGUCGUGCUGUGAAUCCUACGGGGAAAUCAACCCAGAGCUCGUCUGCUGCAACCCGCACCACAUGAGCAGGCUGUGUGAACUCGAGUCUCCUCCUCCUCCAUAUUCGCGCUAUCCCAUGGACUAUCUUAAACCACCAGAUUCUCCAGACUCUGGACCUUCAUCCAGUGAUACUGGGGGAACCACAUACUCGGCCCCUGUGGGGCUUUCAGAUUCCCUGGCAAUGCAAGAGUCUGGCGAUCGGGCCCAUUGGUGCGUGGUGGCAUACUGGGAGGAGAAGACACGUGUCGGGCGCCUCUACUCGGUCCAGGAGCCCUCUCUGGACAUCUUCUAUGAUCUACCUCAGGGGAACGGCUUCUGCCUGGGUCAGCUCUGCUCCGAAAACAAGUCCCAGCUGGUGCAGAUGGUGCGGGCCAAGAUUGGCUACGGCAUCCAGCUGACGCGUGAGCCGGACGGGGUGUGGGUCUACAACCGCAGCUGCUACCCCAUCUUCAUUAAGUCGGCCACACUGGACAACCCGGACUCGCGCACGCUGCUGGUGCACAAGGUGUUCCCCGGUUUCUCCAUCAAAGCUUUUGACUAUGACAAGGCCGGCAGCCUGCGGAGGCCGAACGACCACGAGUUCACGCAGCAGCCUCGCACAGGCUUCACGGUGCAGAUAAGCUUUGUGAAAGGCUGGGGACAAUGCUACACCAGACAGUUCAUCAGUAGCUGCCCGUGCUGGUUGGAAGUCAUCUUCAACACCCGAUAGCAGCAGCCUUCCUCCUAUUCACCCUCCUCGCCUCAUCUGUCCCCCCUCACAAACAGACUACACCUGCUUUCCCCUUUUUUUGUUCCAGAAGGUUCAAAGAGAGAAGAAGAAAGGUUUUAAAAGAAGAAGAAAGUAUAAAAAUUCUGACGGACUUUGUUUAAUGAAUGACAAAAUUUAAUUAAAUAAAAUAAGAAGCGAAAAAUGUAUUUUAUGUUAUAUAUAAAUAUAUUAUUAAUUGUAAAUAUGAAGACGUUUUAUAUGCAUCAUUAUUUAUGUAUUGUGCAAUGUGUUGAUGAAAAAGAAAAUAAGAUGCACUUUGCUUAAUAUAAAUGCAAAACAAAGAAAUGCCAAAAUAAAAAAAAAUGUACAAAUAA